AUGGAUCUUGAGUCUAACUCAGUCUCGGGCACUUUCAAGCCGCCACUCAAUGAGGAGCAGGAUGUACAAGAUGCUACCGAUCUUGCUGCCAUGGGCCAUGCCCAGGUAUUGACUCGGAAAUUUGACACGUUGAGCAUGUUGUCAUUGGCGUUUUGCGUACUGGGGACCUAUUCUACCUUCGCACAAGACCUAAGCAGCGGUCUCACAAACGGUGGCCCCAUCACAAUCCUAUGGGGUCUGGUGCUGGUCACCCUCUGCAAUCUAUGCGUGGCUCUAUCGCUGGGCGAGUUGACCAGCAGCAUGCCCACAGCCCUAGGCCAAGCCUACUGGGUCUUCCGUCUCUGGGACACACCGCUCGGCCGAUACGUGUCAUACAUGUGUGCCUGGAUCAACACAUUCGGAUGGUGGACGCUGACCGCAUCACAGGUAGCAUUCAUGACCGAAUUCCUGCUAGGAAUCAAGACCAUGUUCGUGCCAGACUGGAGCGGCGUCAACGAGGGCUGGCUGAAAUUUGUCGUCUACAUCGGCAUAGUCUUUGCCUUGACGUUCAUCAACGUAAUUGGCUGUCGCAAGGAGAAGAUUCUCCCCUGGUUCAACAACUUCGUCGGAAUCUGGUUCGGCGGCCUCUUCUUCGUCCUCAUUCUCGUCCUCCUCAUCUCCGUAGGUGUAAAGACAGACCUAAAGUUCCAACCAGGUUCCUUCGUCUUCGGCGGCUGGAUCAACCAAACAGGCUGGAGCAACGGCGUCGUCUGGUUCACCGGUCUCGUGCAGGCCGCAUACGGCCUGACAGCCUUCGAUUCCGUCAUCCACAUGGUCGAAGAAAUCCCCGACCCGCGCCGCAACGCACCGCGUGUAAUCUGGAUGGCUGUCCUAUUCGGCGCUAUAACUGGGUUCAUCUUCAUGAUCGUCUGUCUUUUCUGCAUCCAGAGCAUUGACGCCGUCACAAGUGCAGACCUCCCCUUCAUGGAACUCCUCCUCGAAACAAUCGGCCUUGAAGGCGGCGCAACCCUGAUCGGCCUAUUCAUCUUCAACGGCCUCGGUCAGGGAGUCAGCAUCCUCACAACAGCCUCACGUCUAACCUGGGGAUUCGCCCGAGAUGGUGGUCUCCCUUUCAGCAAGUACUUAAGCCACAUAGACCCUGUCUGGCAAGCCCCGGCCCGCACCCUCUGGGGCCAGGGGAUUGUGAUAGCAAUAGUCGGCAUCCUCUACCUCUUCGCAAACACAGUCCUUGAAGCAAUUCUUAGCGUCAGCACCAUCGCAUUGACAGUGUCAUACGCAAUGCCAAUUCUAGCCCUCCUAGUUGUGGGCCGCGACAAGCUUCCGUCAGGCGGAACAUUCCACCUCGGCCGCUGGGGCAUAUGGUUCAACUGCAUCAGCAUCGUAUACUGCAUAAUAACAACAAUCUUCUUCCUGUUCCCUGGAAGUCCAAACCCAUCACCGGCUGAUAUGAAUUAUGCAAUUGCAGUGUUUGGCGUCAUGCUUGUGAUUGCGAUUGCGUUCUGGUUUAUUCAUGGACACAAAACUUACUUGAUGACUGAAGAUGCUAUUGCCCAGAUGGUUUAUGCACAGCAUUUGGAAAAUGCAGAGUCUGAACGCGAUAUUGUUGGCUCUGCUGAUGAUUAA